GCACUGAAGCUGAGAGCAGGAGACAAGUAUGGCCUGGCUGCUCGCUCCAAGUGUUACCUGAAACUUGGAGACACAGAGAAUUCUCUGAAAGAUGCUGAAGCUUCUCUGCAAAACGACAAAACAUUCUCCAAGGGACUUUACCAAAAAGCUGAGACACUCUAUACCAUGGGUGAUUUUGAAUUUGCGCUAGUGUUUUACCACCGAGGCUACAGACUGCGUCCAGAACUGCAGAAGUUCAGGCUGGGUAUUGAGAAAUCCCAGGAGGCGAUUGUCAACUGCAUCGGAAGUCCAUCCUCAGUUAAACUGCAGAAUACAGAGGAUCUGUGCUUCGUAAGCAGGCAGGCAGAGAGCAAAAAUGCAAACCAGAAACUCCAACUCAAAUCGACUAAGGACCAAAAAUGGACACGAAAGCCUGCGAGGAAUCAAAAAACAGAGCGUCAGCUUCUGGGGGAGUUUUAUGAUGACAAGAUCUACCUGGAAAAGCUGCUCAAGGAUGAAGAUUUGAUGGAGAGCAGCACAAAGCAGGGGAUCAAGGUAGCAGAGCUGGUUUUGAGUGGCAUUUCCUACCUGGACACGCGCAGUGAGUUCUGGCAGCAGCAGAAGCCCAUUUAUGCCCGCGUGAGAGAGCACAAGCUCAGGCAGCAAAGGUGGACCCAGGACAAGAAACGGAAACUGGAGGAGCCUGGCAGAUACAUCAUGAAGAGUAUGCAGGACAUCGACAUGUUGCUGAUGGCCAACGCCCCUGAAGAAAGCUGCAAGAAAGCUGAGCAUGUGCUGAAAACAAUACAGGAGUGGUCGGACGAUGCAGUUCCCAACAAGAACGAACUGAUCGGAAACCUCCACAGCUGCAUUGGGAAUGCUCAGUUCGAGAUGGGCCAGAUGAAGGCAGCUCUGCAAAGCUAUAAGAUGGAUCUGGCAGUUGCCAGGCAGAACAACCUGCCAGAUGCCAUAUCCAGAGCCCUUCACAACAUUGGCAAAGUUUAUGCCAGAAUCGGCAAAUUCCAGCAAGCUAUCGACACUUGGGAGCAGAAGAUUCCAAUGGCAAAAUCCAGCCUGGAGAAGACUUGGCUGUUCCAUGAAAUCGGCCGAUGCUGCCUGGAGCUGAAUAAGGGUGAAGCAGCCCAGAAUUACGGACAGAAGUCCCUGCAGUCAGCAGAUGUGGAAGGAGACGUGGAGUGGCAGCUCCACGCUACCAUUUUGGUGGCACAGGCACAAGUAAAAUUGAAGGAUUACCAGUCUGCAGUCAUGAACUUGGAAAAAGCACUUGAGAAGGCAAAGCUUAUUCAGAGUGAAGAUGCUCAAAAGGCCAUCAUUAUUGCCUUAGAUGAUGUGAGCAAAAGCAUCAUUGAAGAGCUGAACAGAAGAAAACAAGAAACAACGGAUUACUCUCUUCAAG